CACGACAGUGUAUAGUAGUAUUUGAUAUGAUAAUGUUGCGCGGUGUUUUUGUGCUUCUUUUGUUUCUUUGUCAACCGUCUAUAGCCAUAGUUAUUAAGGCUUACAAAGCAAACCCGCUUCACGACGACAAACUGUUUAAUGAUUCCCUUUUACUGGAGGUUCCUUCUAGCAGCCUCGGUAACUGUAACUCUAUUUGUGGCCCGAAUUGUAUAUAUUUUGGAUUCAACUUUAAACAGGAAAAAUGUCGGGUUCAUUAUACCACCGAACUAACCAAUGCUGAGAUGGAGGCAGAGUGGAGAUACUAUGCUCCUUAUGAACCAAAUUAUAAAUCAAAAGACUGCUUAGGGGUUUUUAGAACUGGACAGAACCGUUCUGGUGUUUUUAGAAUUUACCCAGCAGGGGGCGUUAGCACUGACGUCAUCUGCGACAUGGAAACAAUGGGAGGAGGAUGGACGGUUAUUCAAAAUCGAUUUAAUGGAUCUGAGAAUUUCAAUAGAAACUGGAAUGAUUACAAAAGUGGAUUUGGUUCGACUCCAGGCGAAUACUGGAUUGGAAAUGAUGUGAUUCACGAAAUGACAAAAGCAAACACUAGCUCGUUGUACGUCACACUAACUCUCACAAACGGAACAACCUUGUUUGAACUCUACGAAGCGUUCUCAAUUGCGAGUGAACUGGACAAUUAUAGACUAUUUAUUGGGGGACAGGCCUCUGGAACUCUCGGUAUGUUUUACUUUAAAUAA